AUGAAUGGUGAAUUUUCCUCUAAGUUUCAGUUGGUCGAUUCACAUUCAACUUCAAUAAAGUACCUAGAGCAGCAGAUGAACCAAAUUUCAGUGGUACUUAAUCAGAGAAAGAGUGGUACUUUUCUGAGUGACAUGGUGGAAAACCCUCAGAAUGAUGGGUCUUGUAUGGUUAUUGCCACCCACAGUGGUAAAGUGUUACUGGGACUUUCUGUGGGAAAGUCUGUGAUUGAUAAUAUGGUAGAAUUUGAUGAGAAAAAAAAAGGUGACCAUUCAGUGGAGUCCAAGAAGCUGGAUAACCAAUGGAAAACUGAUGAGUUAGAAAAAGAUAAGGGAAAGAAGGGAGAAGCAAUAGUUAAAUUAAUUUCAAAACCACUCCCUCCAUUUCCUUAUCUAUUGAAGAACAAGUUGUAUGACACAAAAUUUAGCAAGUUCAUGGCAAUGCAAAAACAGUUGACUGUGAAUAUGCCUUUGGUGGAGGCACUAGAACAAAUGCUUGGCUACGCUAAAUUUAUGAAGGAUUUUGUCACAAAGAAGAGGACAGUGAGCUAUGAACUAGUGGAUAAUUUUCUCCAUUGUAGUAUCAUUUUGACAAGAUCAUUAGUGCAAAUAAAAGUGUAUCAUGGAGCAUUCACCAUCCCGAGUACUAUUAGAUCGUUAGAUAUUGCGAAGGCCCUAUGUGAUCUUAGGGCGAGUAUUAAUCUAGUUCCACUAGUAGUUUAUAAGAAUUUGGGGUUAGGAGAUCCUACGCCCACUAACAUGAGACUUGUGAUGGCAGACAGAUCUGUUAAACAACUAGUUGGUAUAUUAUAUGAUAUGCUUGUGAAAGUGGACAGUUUUAUUCUUUUCGCUGACUUUGUGAUCUUGGAUUGUGAAGUGGACUUUGAGGUACCCAUAAUCUUGUUUAGACCUUUCCUCAAAAUCAAUAUUAUAUUGAUUGACUUACGGGCAUAUGAGCUAAAGUUUAGGAUCAAUGAUGAGGUAGUCCAAUUUGAUAUUUACCAUUCAAUGAAGCAACACAAAGAGAUGAGUGUAUUCUCUAUUGUUUAUGUUUAUUUUAAAGAUGAGCGAGAGGUUCCGAUCGAGGAGAAAUUUAUUGUUUAA